AUGUCUUUUAAUCCUGACUAUGAGACAAUUGGAACCGCUUUCAUCGGGCACUAUUAUCAAAAGUUUGACGUGGGAGAUCCUACGCAACGUGCCCAAGGACUCGCCGAUCUGUAUGAUCCGGAGAACUCGUACAUGACCUUUGAGGGAAUGCAGGUCCGGGGACGCGAUAGUAUCUUGCAGAAGUUUAGCUCGCUGACUUUUCGUCAAAUUCAACGAGGGAUCACAAAAACUGACGCACAACCUCUUUACGACGGAUCUAUUUUGAUUUCGGUACUUGGGCAGCUAAAGACGGACGAAGACCCCGUGCAAUCCUACAAUCAACUCUUCGUCCUUAAACCCAAUGCAGGCUCGUACUUUAUCGCCAACGAAAUUUUCCGCCUUGUUCUUCACAAUCAU